AUGUUGUCACUAGUUAGCGGUAUUGUUGCCGCUAUCGCUUUAAUAACACCUCUCUAUAUUGUAUACAAGCCUCCCAGAAUUGUUAUCCGUUUUGCCCAGCGUCAAUGGGAGGAUGUCUGGUGGAAUGUUCCGACUUCUAAACGGAUAGUUGCGCUCACAAUUGAUGACGGCCCGUCAGAGUAUACGCAAGAGAUACUAGAUAUUCUUAGAUCUAACGACGCCACUGCAACAUUCUUUGUCAUCGGAUCUCACGCUACCCCUGACCGUGAAGAGGUUCUGCGCGACCUCAUCCGCCAUGGAAAUGAACUGGCGAAUCAUGCCAUGCGUGAUGAGCCUUCAUGUUUGUUAAGCGAAGCGGAACUUGUCGAUAAUAUCAAUUGCGUUCAGGAGAUAAUAUCUGAUAUUGAGGCCACUGCUCGUCCAGGAGAAGCAGACCAUAAGGACCAAGACGUCGAAAUAACCCAGAGACCCUUAUAUUUUCGUCCAGGCGGUGGGUUUUUUUCCACAAAAAUGCGGAAAAUUCUUUCAAAAAUGGGAUAUUAUCUCAUCCUCGGUGAUAUCUAUCCGCAUGAUCCAUUUGUGCCGUUUUGGAAAAUCAACAAUUGGCAUAUCUUGAGCUCAGCACACCCUGGUGGGAUAAUUAUCUGCCACGACGGACGAUCCUGGACACCCCCAAUGCUACGGAAUUUAUUACCUGAAUUGAAACGUCGAGGAUACCGGGUAGUUACUUUAACUGAACUAUUGAAAGAAGGGGAAUGCAAUCAAUUUGUUAAAUCAGGAUGUUCUAUCUAA